ACCAACUAACACUAUAGUAAAUCUCUGUCAGAGUGAAUUAAUAUUUCCUCUUGAGUGUUCACUAGAUGUCACUGUUAUCCCAUCCUACUGAGAGACACCUACUGCACAAAAAUAAAUGCAUCAGAAUUAAAUGCAUACCCAUGUCUAAGUCAGUGGCUGGAUUUUAAUGAGACUCCACUAAAAAUAAAUCAACCCCUGGAGGCUGCUGUUAUUUUAUUCUGAGACAACGAUUUAGUCAAGUGAGCACGCUGAUAAUAAAAUCCAUGAAUGGAUGUUGGGACUACAGGUGGUUCAUCAGUGCUUUCCAGUGCAACGACUUCUGACCCCCCAGCUCUCACUGAAGUGGCGACCUCCCAAACUGCUACUGCAAAUACCAGAUCAGCCACAGAGAAGCCCAGCAGCACUGGUCGAACUCAAAGCCUUACAGAAACCAGCAGCAGCAACACAACACUGGACAUGCGAAACCCACUGCCCCUGGACUCUCCUCCUCCUCUGACACCUCCUCUUCCUCCUCCACCUCCUCCUGCUGUAGACAGCCCUGACCUGCCACCUCUGUCACCUCCAGUCCUGCCUCCACCUCUACCAUUAUCCAAGCCCUCUUCUACCUCCUGUCCUCCUCCUCCUCCAACACCGCCUCCCGCUGAGAGCCCCCAGCGUCCAACCACACUCAAUCUAAAGACGCUGCCACGGCCAACCGUCAAGGAGAACGGUGGCCCCCCACCCGUGGCGGAUGAGGAUGAGGAGGAGAGGAAGAUGCUGGAGGAGGAUCUUAAGAAAUGCAUUGACGAUUUCAAAAAGAUCCGCUUGCCCCGAGUGUUUCCAGAUCGCAAAAGGCACUGGCAAAGUGACUUGCUCAAGAAGUACAAUGCGUAGAGAGCUUUGCUGUGGCACCACAGUGGCGAGAACAUGUCACGACCUGUGGACUCCAGCUUUAUAUUCACGUUACUCGGAUUCAAACUUUGUGAAGGUUUUCAGCAAGUUUACUUAAAUAUUUAAUGUUGUAACUUUUGCAUGUCAACAGAACUGAACUGUUUCAGUAAGUGUAGUGUAGUCUAGGCUGAGUUUUUCUAGAAAUCACACGUACGCAAUUAAACUGUUUGAUUUGUUCCAUCGUAGAGAAAACAUCCCUCUAGAGAUAGUGACACUUUUUUCCGUACAGCUAUCUGGAGACAUUCUAAAAAUACUCACUGAAUCAUUUUCUUUCGACUCUCUCAAAGGAUAAUAUUUAUAAUGUUGUUAAUUAGAGAUUUCUGUCUUGCUCUCUGUACUGUGUCCACUGAUCAAGCAACUGGAAAAUGUAAGCUAAGUGUGAAUUUCUAUGCGCCUGACCUUGCUGAUGCAAAAUAAAAGAAAGAAGAGAAAUCUCUGCUGCUAAUCAUCUAAAAUAUCUUACCUCAUCAAUAUUAACCCUAUGACUUCAAAGUCUCUCUUCCCUGCCUGCGACUCAAAAGCUCUGAAGUUUGGUUCAUUUUGUGAUUACAUUAAAGCUAGCACUGGAAAGAAUUCAGAACAAGAAUAUGGCGUACUGGAAAGCAAAGUGGGUAAUUACAGAUAGCAGAAUGAGGAAUAACAACGAACCGAUGCAGAGUGCCAUUUGUUCUUUUGUUCCUCUACCUCAGUGGUGUUCAACAUCUCUUUGUACCAGCACCCUCUAUCAUUUAACCAGAUCCCUUACCCUGCUAUCAAAUAAA